UUUGAUCUGCGUAGUUGAAGCACAAGGAAGCCGGGAACGAGAAACGGUUCCGUCUUCCGCCAUCUUUCAUUGAAGAGUUAGGUUGAGUGUUUACGCGCUGGUAGCCUGGUGUGGGAAAUACGCGACUUACAGCACUUCUGAAGAUUCACAUCUUCGACCUUCGGCAAGACGAUUCAUUCCUGCUGUUACUUUACAACGGAGUAAGUUGGCAUGAAGCGCGAAGCAGACGGUGACAUGGGUUCCCCACAAAAGAGGUCCCGCGGUGGGGACGAUACAGAAGUGCGACUCCUGAUCCCCAGCAAGGCUGCGGGAUCCAUAAUUGGAAAAGGUGGUCACAAUAUUACCAAGCUAAGGACUGAGUACAAAGCCUCAAUUACAGUCCCUGAUUGCCCUGGGCCAGAACGCAUUUUGACAGUUUACUCAGAUUUGGACACAGUACUAAAUGUGGUUAAUGAAGUUAUCCCAAAUAUUGAUGAUGCAUCAUCCCGUCAGGGAUCACGCAAUGAUGAUGUGGACUUGCGCUUGUUAGUUCAUCAGAGCCAAGCAGGUUGCAUAAUUGGCAAGUCUGGAUUCAAGAUAAAGGAACUCCGGGAGAAAACUGGUGCAAGGAUCAAGAUUUUCUCAAACUGCUGCCCUCAAAGUACUGAUAGAGUAUGCCAGAUAUCAGGAAGACCAAGCACAUGCAUAGAUUCAAUUCGUGAAAUAAUGGAACUAUUGAAAUCUUCUCCAAUAAAAGGGUUGAACAAUCCAUACGAUCCACAUAAUUACGAUGACUACUAUGCCCAAGAAUAUGGUGGUUUUGGUGACCAAGAAGCAAAGGGCGGUCGUGGCAUGCCGGGUGGUAUGCGUGGAGGCAUUGGUGGACCACCCCCAAUUGGUGGCCGUGGAAGAUUUCCAUUAGGUGGUGGAGGUGGUGGUGGUAGCAUGGGUCCUGGACCACGUGUUGGUCCACGCGGAGGAAUGGGAUUAUCUGGCCCACCAGGAGGUAUGGGAGGACCACCACCUCGAGGUGGUGUUGGCGCAUUUGGUGGCGGCCCUGGUCGCCCUGGCUUUGGAGGUGCUAGAGGUGCAGCAAAUGGAAUGAUGAACAGUAAUGCUCUUGGGCUUGGUGGAGGUGGAAAUCUCAUGGCUGGAGGAGCUAAAAGCUCAACUCAAGUGACCAUUCCAAAAGAAUUGGCAGGUGCAAUUAUAGGGAAAGGUGGUGCCAGAAUUCGUAAGAUACGAUCUGACUCAGGAGCUGGAAUAACCAUUGAUGAGCCACUUGCAGGAUCAAAUGACAGAAUUAUCACUAUAACUGGUACACCUAACCAAAUACAGAUGGCUCAGUAUCUUCUGCAACAGAGGGCUCUUGGUUGGUAAAGGAACAAUUAAACAACAUUUAGUGCUGCAUUCUGUACUCAGCUUCGAGUGAGUUUGCAAUCUACAGCCCAGCUUGUCACCAGCUUACUGAGCAUAAAGCUUGUGUUCUGUGAAUCAGCUCAUCAGCAGUGUUUGGUCAAUUACCUUGUGUUUGAAAUGAAUUUUACUUUCAUGAUGCUUAACUUCAAUAUUGUAGUUUAUGUGACAAGUACUAAUGUACACAAUUGGAACUGCUGGGUUUAUUUUUUGGGUGUAUGUAUUUUUUGUUCAUGUGGAAUCAGACCUCUGUGAUGGUGCAAUUUCUUAAUUAGAACCUAUUUCUGAUGCAUUGAAGUGUCAGUUUAAACAUUUCACUAGCCAGUGCUGCACUCAUGGUAACAGUAUUUAAAGGACUAAGAAUUCAGUUUUUUGUAUAAGAAAUUGUAAAAGUUUGUUUUUGUCAUUAAGUGUAAAGUUGUAAGUCCAUUUAAAAUAUUAAAUACAGUUCAAUGAUUUUCUGAUGUUUGUGUUUACUUGGUCUGUAACUAUGCUUGCUCAUUAAAUAUAUUUACUAACAACCUUAAUACACAGCUUCUAAAAUUAUUUCAUUCUUAAUAGCCUGGGAGUUGAGUUUCAAAUCAUUUGACCCUGUAUAUAGUAAAAUACUGAAUCUCUCUGAAAGUUGUAGAACUAAUUAUCACCUAACAUUUUGCCUGUAAUGCUUUCCUCUAUUAGUGUGGGUGAAUAAUUCAAAGUUUGGGUGAAUGUCUUCUGGGAAUAUUGCUUUUGUGUGGCAUCUACAUUUGGAAGAGGAGUGAUUAUCAAUGCAACCAACUAACACUGGCUAUUGUUGUGUGGAAGACUAGUGAUUUUGUUGUUCUUUACAUGAGUAACAAGGAAUCACUAAUCAUCCUACAAAAGUAGCUGCAUGCUUCAGUUAAGUCAACGGAGGACGCACUUGUAAUGAACUUGAAGGUGACUCAGCUAAUUUACAUUUUUUGUGUAUUACUUGUCUGGUUCUAGGAAUAUUAAUUGGUAUCGUCCUUAAGUGUCCAUGGAUGCAAUCAUAGUUUCUACUGUUGAGAUUAUCAAAAGGCGAUAGUGUUCUAAAAGCACACACACACACACACACACACACACACACACACACACACACACACACACACACACACACACACACACACACACACGUGUGCGCGCAUGUUUAGGCAUUUGGUUAACUCUUCACUUACCCUAGAUUUUGACAAUUAUUGCAGUAUAGCCUCUUCUAAUACUUUAAUUGUGCUAGAAAGUGUAAUGUAAUGGAUUGCUGCUGAGGCUAUGAACUAGUUUCAUACAAAGUUAAAUACUGGGAGGUUUUAAAGUACUUCAUUUAAUCAGCAGACAGGCAUGGUGUUAAAAGUGUGUUCGAGUAAACAUCUCUGAAAAAUACCUUGUCAAGUAGUAUCAAAAGAUUGUUACGUAUCUGAAAUUAAUGGUGGUAAAUUCAUGGACACUUGCAUGCCAGUUGUGUGUGAUACUUGUAUUGCAAUUUUUUUAGUUGUUAAAUACAGUAAAUUGUUUCAGCAUGUUCGUGAAAAUUGAGGGUACUGUGGAAAAUUUAUUCUAGAAUAACAGUUCAGUUGGUGGGCUAAUUUUGUGGUCUUAUAAUAGCUAUGUAUUUGUGGAGGGGAAACUCUUUCAUAGACUAAUCAGGACAACAAUAAUGCAGAUUUUGAACUGUUUGUUCUGGCAAUUUAUCAAUUUUAAUCUAACAUUAUUUGCUUGGAAGGUGACAUUUAAAUUAUGUUAGCAUUGACAGAGGUGACCUUCCAGGUAAAUAAUGUUGCUAUUUGCAGUAUAUAACUAACAUUUUGUCUACUGAUGCUAUAAAUCUACUUACAACAACAGCAUGCAUAAUUUAAAAGAUCGAUUUUGAACUCAUUAUUUACAAGACUGUACAAAUAAAUGAAACUAAACAAAACUUUUUUUAGCUGCCAGACUGGGCCAGGAUCAGGAAAUUACUAAAUGACGAAUAUUAUCUACUACUAAAUGAAAA